AUGUCCGGAUUCAACAUUGCCACACCUUCCAUAACCACCCCUGCUGUGCAGACACCAUCCGUACCAACUCCAAUGCAGAAUCCUACUACGCCAUUUGCUUUGCCAUCUACACCAGCACCCAUCGAUGCACCUACACCUAGUAGCAAAGAUCAGAACCCUUACGCAGUGGCUGGCAUCACCCCUAUUCUGCAAAACAUUGUGGCAACUGUCAAUUUGGAUUGUCGACUUGAUCUCAAAACUAUUGCACUUCAUGCUCGUAACGCUGAAUACAACCCAAAGCGCUUUGCUGCUGUGAUCAUGCGUAUCCGUGAGCCCAAGACUACAGCGUUGAUCUUUGCAAGUGGCAAAAUGGUGGUGACAGGCGCCAAAUCAGAGGAUGAUUCCAAGCUUGCCGCACGCAAAUAUGCGAGAAUUAUUCAAAAGUUGGGCUUCCCAAGCAAAUUCACAGACUUCAAGAUUCAAAACAUUGUGGGCUCAUGCGAUGUACGAUUCCCUAUUCGAUUGGAAGGUCUGGCUUAUUCUCACGGACACUUUAGUUCCUAUGAGCCAGAGCUGUUUCCUGGUCUUAUUUAUCGUAUGGUCAAGCCGAAAAUCGUAUUGUUGAUCUUUGUGUCUGGUAAAAUCGUAUUGACUGGUGCCAAGGUGCGUGAAGAGAUUUAUCAAGCAUUCCAAGCUAUAUACCCUGUGCUUCUCGAGUUCCGAAAGCCUUGA